UACCCCCCGAUUUUGCUUCCGUGACAAAUUCUGAAUAAUCAAGGUUGUCCAAAUUCUACCAUUUCCAUACCCAAACUUCUUCAAAAUUGGUCAUUCAUUUCCAUAAUCCAAUAAAGGUUUCGGAUUUGGCUUUUCACAACAUCAUCACCAAAGCGGUGGAGCAAGGAAGCAAGUGCUCAUGGCUACUACAGUGGCAUCAUCAAUGGUAGUAGCAUCCUUUUGUUCCUUUUCAAACCCCAUCACCACCACCCCAUCAUCACUCUCUUUCAAAGCCAAAACCAUCACCAGAACAAGACCAAGAACAAAAACCAGAAAUAGAACAACGAGGUUAACAUGGCUGAAUCCUCACCCUCGUGGUGCUUUGGUUGAGGCAACACCACAACCAACAAGUUCACCUCCUUCACCGAGAGAUGGAUCCAUCAAGGUGCUUGCGUUUCCUGAGAACCGUGCUGAUGACAUUCAAGCUGAGGCCAGAGCACUGGCUCGUGCUGCCAAUGCAACUUCGUACACCCCUCAGCUUGUGGCCUCCAAAUAUGGCUCCCAACCCAUCAAGGUGGUGGGGAGGGCCCUUCAGGUUCUGGGUGCGGUGGGUUUGUUUGGGUUGAAGCUGUUGUUGGACCAGAAAAGUGGAGUGCUUGAUCAGAAUAAAAGGAUUCGUGCUCUUGAGCUUAGGGACACAUUCACUCGGCUGGGACCAACUUUUGUCAAAUUGGGUCAGGGAUUGUCUACUAGGCCUGAUAUAUGCCCAGCUGAGUAUCUGGAGGAGCUCUCUGAACUUCAGGAUGGGUUGCCAACAUUUCCUGAUGAGGAGGCGUUUGCAUGCAUUGAGAGGGAACUAGGACUAUCUAUUGACUCUAUUUUCUCUACUAUAUCUCCAACGGCUGUAGCAGCAGCCAGUUUGGGUCAAGUUUAUAAAGGCCGGUUGAAGUACUCUGGGAAACUUGUUGCUGUUAAGGUUCAACGCCCUGAUAUUGAAGAAGCUAUAGGAAUGGACUUCUACCUAAUUAGAGGUUUAGGGUCUCUCAUAAAUAAAUAUGUGGACUUUAUCACCAGUGAUGUUGUUGCUCUUAUUGAUGAAUUUGCACGUAGAGUCUUUCAGGAGCUCAACUAUGUGCAGGAGGGACAAAAUGCAAGGAGGUUCAGAAAAUUGUAUGCUGACAAGGAAGAUAUCUUUGUUCCUGAUAUUUUCUGGGACUAUACAAGUGCUAAAGUACUAACAAUGGAGUGGGUUGAUGGAGUCAAACUAAAUGAGCAACAAGCAAUUGAGAGACAAGGAUUAAAAGUCUUGGAUCUGGUAAACGCAGGCAUACAGUGCAGUCUCAGACAGUUACUCGAGUAUGGAUAUUUUCAUGCAGACCCUCAUCCUGGGAAUCUUUUGGCAACACCUGAAGGAAAGCUUGCUUUUCUUGAUUUUGGCAUGAUGAGUGAGACUCCAGAAGAAGCAAGAUAUGCCAUAAUUGGUCAUGUUGUUCACUUGGUUAACCGAGACUAUGAGGCCAUGGCUCGUGACUACUAUGAUCUUAAUUUUUUAUCAAGGGAUGUUGAUGUAUCUCCAAUUGUGCCAGCACUUCGAAACUUUUUUGAUGAUGCACUUAAUUAUACUGUGAGUGAGCUCAACUUUAAGACACUAGUGGAUGGUCUGGGAAAUGUUUUGUAUCAGUAUCCAUUUAAUGUUCCAGCAUACUACGCAUUAAUAUUUAGGUCUCUAACUGUUUUAGAAGGUUUAGCAUUGUAUGCUGAUCCCAAUUUUAAGGUACUUGCUGCAUCAUACCCAUAUUUUGCUAAAAGGCUCCUAACAGAUCCAAAUCCAUAUCUAAGAGAUGCUCUUAUUGAGUUGCUUUUCAAGGAUGGGAAGUUCAGAUGGAAUAGACUUGAAAAUCUGCUGGACCAGGGGAAAAAGGAUAGAGAUUUCUCUGCUAAAGAAGCUUUACAACCUGUCCUAAAGGUAUUAUUGAGUCCAGAUGGUGAAGAGCUGAGGAAUCUAGUUAUAAAAGAGGCUGCUAGUGUAUCUGAAGCUUUUACUCUUGGCUCAAUGUCUGAAACAUACCGGUAUAUUCCUGACUUCGUUAGGACCCUUGUCUUCAAUGGCAAUGCAACUGGACCCUUUAUGAUGUCCGAAACUGAAAUGCAAAGCAUGAUAGAGCUUAGAGAUCAAGUGAUUAGAAUAUGGGGACUUCUUCGAUCCUCCAACGAUUUUGAUCCAGCUAUUUUGCUGCCAAUACUACAGGUCCUUGAGCAACCUGAGGCACGCCAACUUGGGGGGCGUGUCGUGGGUGGGAUCACUCAACGACUUGCAGCACGCUUUCUUCAGCAAGUACUCCGAGUUCCAACAACAGCUUCUGAAUAAUUUCGUGGCACUGUAAAUGCUAGAUAAGGCUAUUGUGGACAGGGGAGAUAGGAGUCACAUAGAAUUGAGAUAUUGAUUCUUGCGAAAAUUAUUUGAUUGUCUUUUAUGUUUCUUAUUCUUCAAUUUUGUCAAAAGAUUUGUAUAUAUGAUGCGCACAUCAUUAUUGAUGCUGGAUAUCAUGAUCAGCAUCAACAUUCAAGAGAUCACAAUAUGAUAAAAAGCAAUUGUUAUAUCAUUGCUCUUACAAUAACAUGGUGCUGUUUAUCUUUUGAUAUGGCACUCAUUUCUCUUACAUGUAUUGUACCUGGAAUCGUUUUAGUAACUUGCUUUUAAGUGUUUUGGAGGGGUUAUACAGCUGAAUUUGUGUGCUCACUCCCGUUUGGUUA